CUGAAAUGAAAACAGUUGUGAAAUGCUUUAUUUCAACUUAUUCCUAAUUAUUGGAGUCUUGCUGAGAGUUUCAGCUGCAGAGUUCAACCUAACAAUUCCAAUCUAUUUUGACAUCCCCAAACAUUUAAGCUUUCUAGUACCAAAAACACAACAAUCACUAGACACGAAAUUAGCACAUUAUGACUUCAAAAUCAACUACAAAACACAUUGCUUGCUAGGUAAAGGGCCAUCAUAUACAGUGAAGCUUGACUAUGCUAAAGAUGAAUCCUAUUUUAUUUCACCAUAUGGUAAAACUAUCAUUGUUUAUCAAACUGACCUUUUGAUUGCUCAUAAUAAAAUACCUGAAUUCAUAGCCCAAUUAAUCGUGGAAUUCGUGUUGAAGUAUGAAGUUGAAUAUUUUGAUAAAAAAACCAUAAAUGAUGCUGACAAUGUUGGUAUAGAAUUGGCUCCAAGUUAUGAUGUAAAGAUCUUGAUUAAGGCACCUGUUGAUUUCCAAUGGAAUUAUGAGUUAUUCCAAUACUUGUUUCAACCGGUCUUGAAUGAAUUACAAGAUCUGAUCUAUUUGAAUGUGAUUUUUGAUUAUGUUUACGAAGAGGAUAACACAGUGUUACAUUUGGAGGAUAUUGAAUCGAUCUUGGAUUAUGAGAAACUGACAAUUUUGGUUCAUUUAAGUUCUAAGGAGCAAAAGAUAUCAGGAAUAGAUUCAAACAAUAUUAUAAUUCCUAAAAAAGGUGCCGUACAAUUAGCUAGAGUUGAGGAGACUUUAAGUGAAAUGCAACAAAUUGAAAUCUUGGAAGUUUUGACAGGUCAAUUGUUUAGAUUACUAGGCAUGGAACCAACAGAACCAAAAUCUCCAUUCAUUAGAAUUGAUUUCAUGAUUAGAAAACAGGUUUACAUCAAUUACCAGAAACUCAAUGAUCAACAGCAAGCUGAAAUUGAUAA